AUAGGGCGUGAACACGCUUCUGGUUAUACGUCACAGAGCGCGCGUGAGUAGGGAACAAAGAGGGAUUUGGAUUUGAACCGUGAAACGCGUGUAGUCCAGGAGCUGUGGAUCGAGGCGUGUAGCUCGAGAUUCUAAUUUCUGGGAAAAGGAAGGAACUAGAAAGUGUGGCAUGUUUGCCGCUGAAUGCUAGCGAGUGCACUAUAAAAAGGGGAGGAGACGAAAGGGAACAGUAAUGGGGAAGAAGCGAGCCAGAGGCAAAAGUUCCAAUGGGGACGACAGUUCUGUAGAGAUGAUGGGUAAGACUUGCGUGCACUUGCGCAAAGGAGCGGACUCGAGCUGGCUGAGGAAGGCGAGCGUGGGGAUGAGCUGGGACACGUGUGAGGCAUGCAAGCAGGACAGAGAACCCGGGUCUGAAUCCGGGGACGGAGAAGACAUUCCGACAAUAUGGAUAUGUCUCAAAUGUGGACACAGGGGUUGUGGGAGGUUAUCGAAGAACCAGCACGCCAUUAAACACUACGAGACGCCACAUUCAGAUCCGCACUGCCUGGUGCUCAGCCCGGACACCUGGAGUGUGUGGUGUUACAUCUGCGAUGAUGAAGUCUACUGCUCCAACACGGGACUGCUGGCACAACUCAUCUCCAAGAUCAAGAAACAAAUGCUGGGGGAACCGAGACAGAAAAACGGCACUUGCGAAGUGGAGAAAGAACAGAACACUUCAAGUGACACAAUGGAGAAGAACGAAGCUGAAAAAGAUCAGGAGAAGAUCGAAGAACCGAAAGAGAAUGAAGCAUGUCUGACCCAAGCCAGCAUCGUGCCUGUGCGAGGCCUCAGCAACCUCGGCAACACGUGUUUCUUCAAUGCUGUGCUGCAGAAUCUGUCGCAGACGUGGCUGCUGCGUAAACUACUCAGAGAUUUCAGGGAUGAAGAGAAGACCGUGUUGAUCACACCAUCGUCGUCGUCCAAUCUGGAUCCAUUGGAGGUGCGAUUGCCGAAGCCCGGCGCGCUCACGUUAUCCCUGUGCCAUCUGCUCAACGAAAUCCAGGAGACCAAAAGAGGCGUGGUGACGCCACAAAAGCUCUUCACACAAGUGUGUAAAAAGGCACAAAGAUUUAAUGGUUUUCAGCAGCAGGACAGUCAGGAGCUCUUGCGCUACCUGCUGGACGGCCUGAAGACCGAGGAGAACAUGAGAUUAACGACUGGAAUUUUGGAUGCUCUAAGGAUUUUGGGCGAAACCUCUGAGUUCGAGCAAAAUAACUUAUUAAAGGAGUACGAGAGCACCAGCGGUCUGAAGAGUUUUGUGGAGCUCGUGUUUGGCGGAGAAUUGACCAGUACUGUGAUGUGUAUGGAGUGCAAGACGGUUUCCGCGGUUACCGAGUUGUUUCUCGACCUCUCGCUGCCUGUCUCUGAAGAGUCUUACAGGAAAAAGAAGGUUGCCGGCCAGCUGAACAAGAGCGAAACUGCAAAAAAUGGGCGGAGCAUCGAGACGCUACAGACCAACGGGGACGAGGAUUUGCCGACGGGAGAGCCGAGCAAGUACCAGCAAAAAAAAGUCAAGAAGCAGGCGAAGAAACAGGCUAAGAUUCAGCGGCGUCAGCAAAAGCAAGGCGUGAAGCUCACGCUGAAUUCGCUGAACAAUCCGAGCGAAGUGGCUCUCCCUGAUGCCCCGCCUCUGAGCACCAGCGGAAGCUCGGAAGCUGAGAAACAGGAAGAGGAAGACGAGCAUGAAGAGGAAGAGGUCACAGAGAACCUGAAAGUGAUGUCGAUCUCAGAGGAUCCGCAGAGUGAAGAGGAGGAGCCUAAACUGGAGUCUGGGGUGGAGUCGGAGGCGGAGCCGGAGUUCGUGGUGGUGAAUAUGGACCCGGAGGCUGCGUUUUUAAGUCUGUCCAGCAGGGCGGCACCAAAGGCCUUGGAGAGCUCGGUGGAAUCAAGUCUAUAUCUGUUCACACAAGUGGAGCAGUUGUCAGACUCCAAUAGCCUGAUGUGUGUGACCUGCAGCAAGAAACACGGCACUAAGAAAAAGAUAUACACUGAGGCGAAGAUGCAGGUGCUGAUCUCGACUCCUCCUCCUGUACUGACUCUGCACCUGAAGAGGUUCCAGCAGAUGGGCUACCGUUCAUGUAAAGUCAACAGGCACAUUCAGUUCCCUCAGGUGUUGGAUCUCGGUCCGUACUGCUCUGCCAAAUGCAAGGGGGUGGAGCAAGGACAAAAGCAGCUCCUCUAUUCCCUGUACGGCAUCGUCGAGCACAGCGGCACCAUGCACUCGGGGCACUACACGGCAUUCGUAAAAGCCCGGCCUCACACGCACACUAGUGUCGGUUUGCUGAACGGAGCGACGGACGUCGAGGCGACCCCUAGAGGCUCCUGGUUCCACAUCAGCGACAGCAGCGUGCAGCCUGUCACCGAGGCUCGGGUCCAGGCCUCCCAAGCCUACCUGCUCUUCUAUGAGAGGAUCUCAUAGUCAAGAGCAACCAAGCGCCUUCUUCCACAACUCAACUUAACUCAUUUCUGCUCUCAAAGAUUUCUCUGAGCAGACAAUAAUGAAUUUAAAUAAAAAUACUUAAACUUUUUCAAAAUUAAAGGGUUGCAUCUAAUUCUUUAUGAUGGGGAAUUGUGUUACAUAGCAAAAGUGUGCUAUCCGGGGAAGUGCUCUAAUGUUCAGCAGGGACUACACCAACCUUCUUUCCUAUAUAUGAGUGUUUUUUUUUAUGAAAUAUUUAAUUUCCUGUAAUGUUAUAUGAAAAUUAAUUGGAUAAUAAAAAAUUCAUUCAA